AUGAAUGGACCGCUAGGGCGCUGGCACAUAGACAGCCGCGAGCGCGUUCUCAAGUUGGGUGACAGUUUCCAGAGGCAGCCGCGUUGCGCCUUCCACACCGUGCGCUAUGAUUUCAAGCCUGCUUCUAUUGAUACUUCCUGUGAAGGAGACCUUGAGGUUGGCAAAGGUGAACAGGUUACGAUAACUCUGCCAAAUAUUGAAGGUUCGACUACACCAGUAACUGUUUUCAAAGGUUCAAAGAAACCUUAUUUAAAAGAAUGUGUUUUGAUUAUUAACCAUGAUACUGGAGAAUGUCGACUAGAAAAACUCAGCAGCAACAUCACGGUAAAAAAAACAAGAGUUGAAGGAAGCAGUAAAAUUCAAUAUCGCAUAGAGCAACAACAGCAACAAAUGUGGAAUUCAGCUAGGACUCCCAAUAUUACAAAGCAUUCUCCAUCUGAAGAAAAGAUGUCCCCAACAUCUCUUAUGGAUGAUAUUGAGAGAGAACUGAAGGCAGAAGCUAGUCAAAUGGACCAGAUGAGUAGUUGUGAUAGCUCAUCAGAUUCUAAAAGUUCAUCAUCUUCAAGCAGUGAAGACAGUUCUAGUGAUACAGAAGGUGAAGAGUGCAGAUCCUCUUCUUCUGAUGUAGGGAAUUAUACCUCAGGACAUCCUACCAUAUCUACUAUGACACAGUCCAGGAUUCCUGAUACAGAUGCUGGUCAUAAUAGAUAUGACAGCAGUGGCCUCCUAAUGAAUACUUUAAGAAAUGAUUUGCAACUGAGCGAUUCAGGAAGUGACAGUGAUGACUAAAGAAAAAUUCAACUAUAACGACAUGUGACACUUUAUUAUAUAUUAAUAAAAUUUUCUAAGGCUAAAGAAAAUGUACCAACUUUUUCCCAGUUAUUUGAGAGGAUUGGCAUGCAUUGCUAUGUAAGUUCAAGGCAAUUGUUUGGUGGUUUGAUUUAUAUGUAUUUUGAAAUGAUUGCCACCAGUGGUUCAUUCAUUGUCUAGUAACAGCAAAGAGAAAGUAAAGAAGAAAAAGGAAAAAAAAAUGCUUGCAAUGAAACUCUUAGGAUUUAUUUACUUAACGACUUUCAUGUACAUAUACAUAUAUAUACUACAUUAGUUCUAACUAUUAUCAUGUUAUAGUACUUGUCUAUCUUACAACUAAAAAUUUGUACCUUUUGACCUCUUUUCUUCUGAAAACCAGUUUGUUCUCUUUUUUUCUG